CGCAAGUCGCAUCAUGGUCGAUCCUGACUCCCGCCCCGCAGAAUGACCAGCCGCGACCAGUCCGCCCUUGAUCUCGUCCCUCCCUCGUGCGUCCCGGACCUGCCGCUCCAGAAGCUGGGCCAGGGCUCCUUUGGCAGGGUCUACCGCUUCCGCACCAAGCCCCGGCCGUCGUCCAGGGCCCUGGCUGUUUCGUCCGGGCUUGUUGCCGCCAAGGCCAUUCCGCGGGCGUCACUGCUGGCUCUGCCGGCCCGCCAGGAGAGGCUGCUCAAGGAGAUUGAGAUCCUCAAGCGUCUCCACCACCGCAACGUCGUCCGCUUCAUCGAUCUGGAGUGGAACCCCGUCUAUGUGUUCAUAUUGAUGGAAUACUGUCCGCUGGGCUCCCUCCAAUCCCUGCUGCUGAGGCGGCGCAAGCUUGCCGAGAUCGAUGCCCGUCUCCUUCUCAGGCAGAUUGUGUGCGGCAUGGACUUUAUAUGGAGAAACAACUUUAUCCAUCGGGACCUCAAACCGGCCAACCUGCUUCUCACGCGCACCGUCCCGCUCUCGGAGAACGAUACUCCCGACACUCUUCUGCUUGCACAAGACGAUGCCCACGGAUACGUGAUCCUCAAGAUUGCCGACUUUGGAAUUGCCGAUGAAAUCACCCAAGAGGCACACGAGUUUACCGACAGAGUCGGCUCGUUGAGAUACAUGGCUCCAGAGGUCCUGGCGCACGAGACCUACGACCAACGCUGCGAUCUGUGGUCGAUCGGGGCCAUCCUCUAUGAGAUGCUGGCAGGCGCUGCCCCAUUUUCAGAUUGCCAAUCGGAGAGCGGGCUCAUGCAGGAGCUCUUGCGCUCUGAGCCGCCUUCGCUGUCUCUCCCGGCCUCGUCUGCAAUCCCAUCAACCACUCAAGACUGCCGCUUGCUGGUCUCGUCCUUGCUGACUCGGGCACCCUCCCAGCGCAUCAGCAUCGGCGAGCUGGUCGCGCAUCCGUACAUCGACCUCGACCAUAUUCCACAUCUCGGAUCACUUGCGCUAUCGAACAGAGCCCUCGACAAUGCCCUAAAGCUGGAGCGGCGCUGGGCCGACAGUAAGCUCACUCUACGAGAGGCCAGAAGCCUGGCCCGCGAAUACACUGAAGCGGCCGCCCACAUCCUGUCGUGGAUCGAGUACUGCAAUGGACUUUGCCCUCCAGCUUCUCCCUCAGAGUUCUUGAGCAUGAAACCUCCCUCCAGCUACAGGCACGCCGAACUCCAUAUGCUGCGACGGAGAGCUGCUGCGCUCAUCAGUCGCGCAGAACAUGUUCGGUACCUGGAGCAAGACAUGUCCCUCCGCACCGCAUCACCUCCGACUUGGAUCCAAGAGUGCAAGCAAGCACAUGCCCAACUCGAGCGCUCGGGUUUACUUUGGACACCCGAGUUCCACUGCAUAUCGCUGCCUUUCCCCAUCCAGAGCACCGGCUUCGGGCCCACAGUCGGCGCCACGAUCAAUUUAGCAAAUCGAUCGCUUUUGGAAGGACUCGAGUGUGAGUAUCGAUAUGAUUCGAUCGCAGCCAUCGCCUCCUACACUACUGGCCUCGGCUGCCUCCUCGAGGCUCUUGCCAGUGAGCAAGACCCCGGACGCAAGCUGGGGCUAAAGCAUUUGUGUGGGCAGUGGAUGACAUAUGUUGAAAGACUGAAGGGAUAAUCGGUCUCGAAUGAACGCAAAUAAUAUACCCACGGAAUGAAGGUGCAAUGCAGCCUGCGACUGAAAC